CUCUCGACAUUUCCUUGGGAUGAGUGUGAGUCUCACAUUUUUCGGCAGUGCGGAUUUAGACUCCGCUUCUCUCGGGCUCUCGCAGUCCACAUUUACAAAUAGUGAAUUUCAGUGAAACCUCGUGAAAGCAAAAACUGGUUGCUUCGGUUCUAACUUUCCCCGGUUUCUCAAUCACCACGGCUUUCUUCACUGAUUGCAUGAGAAAAUACAAGUGGGUAUAAAAGUGAAAUUAUUACGCUCAAGUGACAACAUAGUGGUUUUGGUCAAGAGUUAUCAAGUAUUGGCGAAGAAUUCAAGACUUGUUGCCUUCUGGUUGGAUAGUGUGUCGGCCUGAUGUCACCGUGACGCGUUGGUGAGAUAAGAAGGAGACUUUCAUUGCAGCGCGAUGGGGGACGAAGGAAGUUCUGAGAGUGAUGAUGUAUCCUUCCUUCGCACGGAAGACAAUGUUUGUCUUUCGUGCACAGCAACGGGGGAGAGGGUGUGCCUCGCCGCAGAAGGAUUUGGAAACCGGCAUUGCUUUCUGGAAAACAUAGCAGACAAAAACAAUCCGCCAGAUCUAAGUCAGUGCGUCUUUGUGAUUGAACAAGCGUUGUCGGUCAGAGCGUUGCAGGAGCUGGUCACUGCUGCGGGCUCGGAUUCCGAGAAAGACGUAGGCAAGGGAACAGGGUCGGGUCAUCGGACUCUGCUCUACGGAAAUGCCAUCCUUCUUCGACACAUGAACAGCAACAUGUACCUCGCGUGCCUUUCAACCACGUCAGGAAAUGACAAGCUGGCUUUUGAUGUCGGCUUACAAGAGCAUUCUCAAGGCGAGUCGUGUUGGUGGACACUCCACCCGGCAUCCAAACAGAGGUCCGAGGGUGAGAAAGUCCGAGUUGGUGACGACCUAAUUUUAGUGUCAGUGGCCACUGAGAGAUAUCUCCAAUCUGUUCGUGAAGGGGACAACACAAUUGUCAACGCAUCGUUUCACGUGACACAUUGGUCAGUCCAACCCUUUGGAACGGGGCUUAGUCGGAUGAAAUAUGUGGGUUACGUGUUUGGUGGCGAAGUACUCCGUUUCUUCCACGGUGGAGACGAAUGCCUCACCAUCCCGGCUUCCUGGGGCGAGCAACCAGAUCAAAACAUGGUGGUGUACGAGGGAGGCGACGUGGUUAACCAAGCACGUUCACUGUGGCGUCUCGAGUUAGCAAGAACAAAAUGGGCAGGAGGCUUUAUAAAUUGGAUGCACCCAUUGCGAAUUAAGCAUAUCACAACUGGAAGGUACUUGGGAAUUAACGAGAACAACGAAGUAAUUCUGGUUUACAGACAAGAUGCAACUUUGGCAUCCACAUGUUUUUAUCUCCGAGAGGAGAAAGACGAUGCAAAAGCUCAACUUGAAGAUAAAGAUUUAGAAGUGAUUGGCAGCGCAGUCAUCAAGUACGGGGACAGCACCGUUAUCGUUCAGCACAUGGAGACUGGGUUAUGGUUGUCUUACAAGGCUUAUGAAACAAAGAAGAAAGGCGUGGGGAAAGUCGAAGAGAAGCAAGUUAUACUUCACGAAGAAGGGAAAAUGGACGAUGGGAUUGAGUUUAGCAGAAGUCAGGAAGAAGAAUCCAGAACUGCAAGAGUAAUUCGGAAAUGUUCAUCACUUUUUUCAAAGUUUAUCAAAGGAUUAGAAGUACUCCAAGUGAAUCGCAGACGCUCCUUAUUUUUCAAGUCUAUCGAUUUGGGAGAGAUGGUCAUGAGUCUUGAGGACUUGAUCAAUUAUUUUGCUCAACCAGAGGAAGAAAUUGAGCACGAGGAGAGACAAAACAGGCUCAAAGCUCUUCGGAAUCGUCAAGAUCUUUUUCAGGAAGAAGGAAUCCUGAACCUCAUUCUGGAUGCAAUUGACAAUAUUAAUACCAUUAGCUCGCAAGGUUUUCUGGUUGCGUUGGCUGGAGAGGAUUCUGGACAAAACUUUGAUGUCAUUACUGCGUACUUGUACCAGUUGCUGGCUGCAAUUAUCAAAGGAAAUCAUACCAACUGUGCUCAAUUCGCAAAUAUCAAUAGGCUCAAUUGGCUCUUCAGCCGACUUGGUUCUCAAGCGUCUGGCGAAGGAAGUGGAAUGCUGGACGUACUUCAUUGUGUACUUAUUGAUUCCCCAGAGGCUCUGAACAUGAUGCGGGAGGAGCAUAUCAAAGUUAUCAUAUCCCUGUUGGAAAAACACGGUCGAGAUCCAAAGGUUUUAGAUGUGCUUUGUUCUCUCUGUGUCGGCAAUGGAGUUGCGGUCCGUUCUUCGCAGAACAAUAUUUGCGACUACCUGCUCCCUGGGAAGAAUCUCUUGUUGCACACUCAGCUCGUGGAUCAUGUCGGAAGUGUGAGGCCGAACGUGUUCGUAGGUAUGGUGGAGGGAUCGGCGAUGUAUCACAAAUGGUACUUUGAAGUAACUCUCGACCACAUCGAGCAAGCUACGCACAUGAUGCCACAUUUGAGAAUUGGAUGGGCAAAUUCCGCCGGGUAUAUUCCGUACCCUGGUGGUGGUGAAAAGUGGGGAGGAAAUGGAGUGGGUGAUGACUUGUAUUCAUACGGAUUUGAUGGAGCCUAUUUAUGGACUGGCGGAUGCAGCACUUGUGUCGUGCCAGGCUCCUCUGAGCCGUUUAUUCGAAAGGGAGAUGUGAUUGGUGUCGCCGUGGAUCUCUCAAUCCCGAUGAUGACAUUUUACUUCAACGGGGUCAAGAUUAGGGGAGCGUUCAAGAACUUUAACCUCGAGGGAAUGUUUUUCCCUGUUGUGAGCAUGUCGUCGAAAGUGAGUUGCCGCUUUCUAUUUGGUGGUGAUCAAGGACGUCUCAAGUUUCCCCCACCAGAAAAUCAUUCUCCUCUCGUGGAAUGCCUUCUACCAACGCAGAUAUUGCAGAUUGAUCCGUGCUUCUACUUUGGCGAUUUGCAAAAAACCGUAUUAGCUGGCCCAAUUGUGGUGGAGGAUGAUUCUGCUUUCGUUCCGACCCCAGUCGAUACUCAAACAGUCAUUCUGCCUGGGUUUGUUGAAACAGUUCGGGACAAACUAGCCGAAAAUAUUCAUGAAAUGUGGGCUAUGAACAAAAUCGAGGCUGGUUGGCUCUACGGAGAAUAUCGAGACGACUUUGACAAAAUCCAUCCGUGUCUGGCUCCCUUUGACAGACUUCCAGAUGCCGAACGACAUUACGACAUCCAACUAGCUGGAAAUACUCUAAGAACCGUGGUAGCGCUGGGAUAUCAUAUUUCCCUGGAUAAGCCUCCAGCAAGAAUUCGUAGCAUUCGUCUUCCAAACAAUCCAUUUAUGCAGCCAAAUGGAUACAAGCCAGCACCACUAGAUUUGAGUGCCAUUACACUAACCCCAAAACUGGAGGAACUGGUGGAUGCCUUGGCAGAAAAUACGCAUAACAUUUGGGCCAAAGAACGUAUUUCAGAAGGAUGGACGUACGGUCUUAACGAAGAUCCAGACCUCCGCAGAAGCCCUCACUUGGUGCCCUACAGUAAAGUGGACGAUGCCAUAAAACAGGCAAACACGGACACCGCAAGUGAAACUGUAAGAACGCUUUUAGUUUAUGGCUACGUCUUGGAAGCUCCGCCAGGAGAACAACAUGAUGUUCAUCAUGAAUUAACUGGAUCCAAAUACCAGGCGGAUUAUCGCACAUACAGGGCGGAGAAGAAUUAUUCCGUAUCUGAGGGGAAAUGGUAUUACGAGUUCGAAGUGCUGACAGCAGGACCGAUGAAAGUUGGUUGGGCUCGGGUUGACUGCAAGCCGGGAUGUCAAAUUGGUAGUGAUGAGUACUCCUGGGCCUUUGAUGGCUACAAUGAAGAAAAAUUGUACGGAGGAGGUUCGGAGAACUUUGGAAAGCAGUUCAGAGAAUCUGAUGUGAUUGGAGUGUUCCUUGACCUAAUUGACAAAACGAUUAGCUUUUCACUCAAUGGGGAACUAUUGAUGGAUUCCUUGGGUGGGGAGGUGGCCUUUACCGAUGUACAAGGCGACGGUUUCGUACCAGCGUGCACUUUGGGGGUGGGACAAAAAGCGAAACUGGUCUUUGGUCAUGAUGUCAAUGCCCUUAAAUUCUUCACGCUGUGCGGUCUUCAAGAAGGAUACGAACCGUUCUGUGUGAACAUGAAUCGUGCAAUGACGUUUUGGUACACGAAAGAUCAGCCAAUUUUUGAGAAUGUAGACGACAAUGAGGAAUCCAACAUAGAAGUGGUGCGAGUUCCUGCAGGAGGGGACACGCCUCCCUCCCUCCGGCUUAGCCACAAGACUUUUGAGACAAUGGAGAAAGCCAACUGGGAAUUUCUGCGCCUUUCACUCCCUGUAAUUUGCCAAGAUGAGUUUAUAGAUGAAAAUGAAAAAACUCGCCGUUGGCAAGAUAUUCGACUUCGUCAACACAGAUUAAAAGCCACUGCACAAACUACAAGGACCAAUAAUUUCGAGCAGUCCAUGGCCAAAGCUGGGUUUUCAAUUAGUGACAUUAAAGGAUUGCAACGAGAAUAUUCUGAGGAUGAGGUGGAAGCAGAUCACUCUGGACAAUCGGGACCUAUGAGAAAAGGUCGCAAAACGAUCAAAUCUCCACCAAAUAAGCCACCACGUGGAGGAAUGUCGGAGGCUGAGUAUAUUGACACGCCUGGGAUGCUGAAUGGAGAUACUGGCGUCCAGGCUGACCGUUCUGACAGGAGCGGAAACCACUUGAGCCCAGAACCGGAUGGGAAGAAGAAGGAACGCGGCAAGUCGCCCUUCAGCUUAACUAGCAUGUAUUCGAUUGAGGAAAUCACUGAAGUUGGACGAGAAUAUGCUACUCGGUUUUUCUCUCGAAGCAAACGAGACGAAAGCAAAGACAGGAGCAAGAUUUCUCGAACGCCCGAGGUGGACGAAGGUGGAAAUUCUCUUGGGGUUCCCAAUAGAAAUGCUGCUGUGAGACUCUCACAGAGUAAUCUCAAAGUUGUCCCACCAGAAGUUCCUGAACGGCACGGUCAUGGCAAAGGUUCUCCAGCUCCGCCACAAAUGAGUGUGGACGAACCAGUACACGAAGAAGAGCUAUUCGACGCAGAAUGUCUCAAUUUGAUCAACGAAUACUUUUAUGGGCUCAGGAUUUUCCCUGGCCAGGAUCCCAGCCAUGUUUUCGUCGGCUGGGUCACAACCCAAUAUCACUCGUUCAGUACAAGCUUCUCAAAUGACCAAGUCAGAACAGUGACGAUUGCUGCAAUUGAUGAGUUUGAUUGCGAGCUGUUCAGUGUGGAUCGUAAUUCAUGUUACAUGGUCCGAGCUGAUGAAAUAUUUAACCAAGUUUCCCAGGACUCUUCAGGGAAAGGAGCUUCUCAAGGCAUGUUCAUCGGGUGUUCGGUGGACACAUCCACGGGUUAUAUGACUUUCACUUGUGACGGAAAGCAAACAAGUUAUGUGUACAAGAUGGAACCUGGCACAAAGUUAUUUCCGGCCGUGUUUGUUGAAGCCACCAGCAAGGACAUGUUACAGUUUGAACUGGGAAGGACGCCAACUACGUUACCAUUGUCAUCUGCAGUAUUGCUCAAUUCUGGAAAGCACUUGACACCACAGUUUCCUCCAAGAUUGAAAACUCAGUUUCUGAAACCUCAUCAGUGGGCUCGUGUUCCAAAUGCAUUCUUGAAAAUCCAUGCCCUCAAAUUGUCAGAACUUCGUGGGUGGUCCACGCUGUGUGAGGACCCAGUUUCGAUGCUCGCUCUCCAUAUUCCUGAAGAAGACAGGUGUAUUGAUAUCCUUGAACUCAUUGAACAGGAGAAACUCUUGAGUUUUCAUUUUCACACAUUGACACUCUACGCAGCCUUGUGUUAUCAGUCGAACCAUAGGGCAGCACAUAGCCUAUGUGCGUAUGUGGACCAGAAGCAACUUCUUUACUCAAUUCAGGAGGAAUACUUGUCCGGUCCGUUGAGAAGAGGAUUUUACGACUUGCUAAUUGCACUUCAUUUGGAAUCAUUCGCCACAACGAUGGAGGGGUGCAAGAAUGAGUUCAUUAUCCCAUUGACUCCAGAAUUGAAGGAGCUCUACGAGGACGAAGCAAUGCGCCAUAGUAUCCGUUCAAUCACUACACUUUCUGUGCGACCUGAAAUGAAGAUGACAGACAUCGAGGAGCGGGUUGAAGAUAUCAAACUUCUGAACAGCCCCUACUUUCCACUGGAAGUGGUCAGAGACUUUGCAAUGAAAGCGUUAGAGGAUGCGGUGAGACUUGAACAAGUCCAUAACAGAGAUCCGAUCGGAGGAAGCAAUGAAAAUUUGUUUGUUCCUCUCCUGAAACUUAUUGAUAAGUUGCUGUUGGUGGGCGUAAUCGAAGACACAGAUUUGGACAAAUUGUUGGUAAUGAGUGAUCCACACACGUGGGAUCCUGAAAAUAAUCAUGCCAUCAUCUUCAAAUUUGAACGCUUCCCAUCCGAAGUACCAGUUGAAGAAGAUCACAGAAAGGGACUUUUGUUCAUGGAUCUCGCAGAAGGAGUAAAAUUGCAAAUGUGCUACUUGCUGCAUCAUAUGAACGAUAUUCAGCUAAGACAUCGAGUAGAAUCCAUCGUCGCUUUUAGCCAUGAUUACAUUGGGGAAGUGCAGUCGGAUCAACUUAAACGCUACCAGGAAAUCAAGCAGUCCGAUCUCCCAUCGGCCGUUGCUGCAAAGAAAACUCGGGAGUUCAGAUGCCCCCCGGUCGAACAAAUGAAAAGUAUUCUAGGUUUCAAAAACUUGGAGAUGGACGACGAAGAUAAUCGACCUUGUGGUGAAACUCUCAUCACACAACUUACUGAAAUGCAUCAGUCCUUGAUGGAGAAGGUCUCUUUGGAAGGAUUGCAAGGAGGAGAGGGUGGCGAUGAGGAAGAAGCCGCUGGUGGAGGGAAACUGGACCUCAUAACCAAGGUCAUCAACAUGCUCAACAUUGUAAAGAAAUUAGAACCACCAGAACCUCCUAAAGAAGAAGAGCCUCCACGAGAGUUACUUCCGGAAGAAAUAUUUAGAAAAGUGCUGACCAAGACUAUUGUCCGCUGGGCGGAGGAGACACAUUUCGAGUCGCCUCUCUUGGUGAGGGAAAUGUUCGGACUACUGCUGAGACAAUACGACGUGGUUGGGGAGCUGAUUAGAUCUUUAGAGAAGACCUAUGUGUUCAGCAGUAAUACAAUUCCACACAUACAGAAAAUGUGGACCGGCUUGAGUCGGAUCAGAGGUUUACUUCCUGUCCAAAUGUCACAAGAGGAAGAAGGCCUGAUGAGAUUCCUUCUUUGGGAAUUGGUGAAUAAAUCCUACAUCUUCUUCCAACAUCCCGACUUGAUAAGGAUCCUACGAUUGCAUGAAAAUGUCAUGGCUUUGAUGAUGAACACGCUGGGCCGGCAGCAGGCUCAGUCAGAGGCACAAGGUGCAGGAAGUCCCGGAGAAGCGGAGCAACCUGCCAAAGAGAAAGACACGUCUCAUGAAAUGGUUGUGGGGUGCUGUCGAUUCCUCUGCUACUUUUGUCGGACAUCACGACAGAAUCAGAAGGCCAUGUUUUAUCAUCUCGGGUUCCUCUUGGAGAACAGCAACAUCCUUCUGAGUCGACCGUCUCUCCGGGGCUCUACCCCUCUCGACGUUGCAUACUCCUCCCUCAUGGAAAACACAGAGCUGGCGUUGGCCUUGAGAGAACAUUUGUUGGAAAAGAUUGCAGUCUACUUGGCUCGUUGUGGACUUCAGUCUAAUACUGAACUGGUGGAGAAGGGUUACCCUGACUUGGGAUGGGAUCCCGUUGAGGGCGAACGAUACUUGGACUUUCUCCGUUUCUGUGUCUGGGUUGGUGGUGAAAGUGUUGAAGAAAAUGCGAAUCUUGUCAUCAGAUUGCUGAUUCGAAGACCAGAAUGUCUUGGGCCUGCAUUGCGUGGGGAAGGGGAUGGCUUGUUGAGAGCUAUAAUUGAUGGAAAUAAGAUGUCAGAUAAGAUUAAUGCGAGGAACGCUGGUGAAGUAGUCAGCGAUUUGGAACACCCACUCCCAGAGUCGGACGACGAUGAAGAUUAUAUCGAUACGGGGGCCGCAAUUCUGUCAUUUUAUUGCACUUUAGUUGAUCUCCUUGGUCGUUGUGCACCUGAUUCGUCUGUCAUUGCUCAAGGCAAAAACGAAUCUCUGCGAGCCAGAGCAAUUUUGCGAUCCCUUGUCCCAUUAGAAGAUCUACAAGGAGCCCUCAGUUUGCGGUUUAGCUUUCAAAGUUUAGGCAUCCCAGGUGUACCACCAAAGCGGGACAUGCCCCCUGGGCUCGUGCCAAAUCACAAGCAGAGCAUCGUGCUGUUCUUGGAAAGAGUGUAUGGCAUUGAAGAACGUGACUUAUUCUUCAAACUAUUAGAAGAUGCCUUCCUGCCCGAUCUUCGAGCGGCAACCAUGUUAGAUCACCGACUGGAUGGGGGUGACUCUGAAAUGGGUCUCGCUCUCAAUCGUUACAUCGGGAACUCGAUCCUCCCACUGCUCAUAUCCCACUCCAAGUUUUAUGCUGAAGCUGAAAACUAUGCGAGCUUGUUGGACGCCACUCUUCACACUGUUUAUCGUCUCUCCAAGAACAAAAUGUUGACCAAAGGUCAACGAGAAGCAGUGUCGGACUUCUUGGUCGCACUCACGAGGGAAAUGCAGCCCAACAUGUUGCUUAAAUUGUUGCGAAAGUUAACCGUGGACGUAUCCAAACUAACCGAGUACACAACGGUUGCCCUUCGGCUGCUCACCCUUCAUUACGAGAGGUGUGGUAAAUACUAUGGGGCCACAGGCGGUCAAGGGAUUUAUGGGACAGCCAGUGAAGAGGAAAAACGUUUGACCAUGAUGCUGUUUAGAAGGUUACUCGAGUCUUUAUCAAAAAUGGAAUACGACCCUGACUUAUUUGGCAAAGCACUUCCGUGCCUUAGUGCCAUUGGCUGUGCACUUCCUCCAGACUAUAGCUUGCCGGCUGCACUGGACGAAAAUUUGUUGAAAAAUUCUACUUCUGAAGGAACUGAUGGCCCAUAUCAACCGGUUCCAAUUGAAACUACACAGGUUCAAAUCACAUCGGAACUUAAUAACUUGAUUGCCAAGUUUUCAGAACACUACCACGAUGCAUGGGCACGGCGGAAAUUGGAUAAUGGGUGGAAAUUUGGUGAUCAAUAUUCAUGGAAUGACAAAAUUCAUCCAAGGCUCAAGCCGUACAGCAAGCUGUCGGAAUAUGAAAAGGAACGGUACAAAGAACCCAUCCGAGACUCUCUCAAAACGUUGCUUGCUCUAAAUUGGACGAUUGAGCAUGGGGACGCUGACAUGUCUUCCGUUCGACCAAAUGUACGAAGAUCGUCCAAGGGAAGCAUGGGAGGGUCUGACUCUUCCACUCCCUUCAACUAUACGCCACACCCAGUGGACAUGGCCAAUUUGACCCUCAGCAGAGAAAUGCAAAAUACUGCCGAACGACUUGCCGAAAAUGCACACGAUAUAUGGGCCAAGAAGAAAAAAGAAGAAAUUGAGUCGACAGGUGGAUGUCCACACCCUCAACUAGUGCCUUUUGAUCUUCUUACUGACAAGGAGAAGAAAAAGGAUCGCGAGAGAAACACUGAACUUUUGAAAUAUAUCCAAUUUCAAGGAUACAAGUUGCAAAAGCUCAAAGUUGGUCCUGUCGAGGACGAGACGAGUGGAGCAGCUACCUCCUCACUCGACAGACGAUUCGCAUACAAUUUUCUCGAAAAAUUGUUGCACUACUUGGAUAUUUCUUCAAUCAAUAUGAAAUCCUUUGUUCCAUCUGCAAAUUUUAGUCGACGAAGCAGCUUCAAGGAAACGACCAGAGAUGUUAAAUUCUUCUCAAAGGUGGUGUUGCCAUUGAUGGAGAAAUAUUUCAAUACUCAUCGGCAUUACUUCAUCGCUAUUGCGUCUCCUGGAAGCACGAGUGGGGCUGCCUCGCUCAAGGAGAAAGAAAUGGUGGCAACCUUGUUUUGUCGUCUGUCAUCUCUCCUUCGAUACAAAUUUAACGCCUUUGGAAGCGAUGUCAAGAUGACUGUAAGAUGCCUUCAAGUGUUGGUGAAAGCCUUCGAUGCAAAAUCCAUUACCAAAAGUUGUCCCGAAUUCAUUCGCACAUCUAUGCUCACAUAUUUCAAUAACGUGGCAGAAGACUUGGGUCGAGUCAUUACCAAUUUACAGGACAAAAAAUACUCCUACCUCCGAGGAUCUCAUUUGAAAACAUGCACUUCUUUAAAUUAUGUAAAUUCAGUGGUCCUCCCAGUUUUGACCGCAAUGUUUGACCAUCUUGCUGCGUAUGACUAUGGCGCAGAUUUACUUAUUGAUGAUCUUCAAGUGGCAUGUUAUAAAAUGUUGAACAGCUUGUACACGUUGGGAACUGACAUGACUCUGGCAAAGAACAGAAAGUACAUGAAAAUUGAAAUUGAACGAUAUCGACCAACAAUUGGAUCUUGUCUUGGAGCGUUCGCCUCUACUUUUCCUAUCGCCUUCUUAGAACCUUCCCUUAACAAAAAUAAUCCGCAUUCAUUGGUCAACAAAAUGCAGGAUCAAUCGUUGCAAGCACAAGACGUGAUGGCUCGUCUUGGUGGGAGUGUACCAACUUUGGACAAAAUGAUUCAAGAAGUCGAACAUUUUGUAGAUUCUGAAAAAACGUAUAACGAUGUGCCUCAUAUAUUGGAUAUUACUCUGCCCCUUUUAUGUGCAUACUUGCCAUUCUUUUGGUCUCAAGGUCCAGAUAAUAACACCACUGCUGCUCCAGAUUGUCAAAUGACCAACGUCACCGUUGAGCAUAUGAAUAAGUUGCUUCGCAGUGUUCUAAAGUUGAUUAUGACCAACAUUGGGAAUGAAAAUGCUUUAUGGAUGACCAGAAUUGCUGGAUUUACCCAACAAAUCAUCAUAAACUCUUCGGAGGCACUGCUUCGAGAUCCAAUUCUUCCCUUGGCAGAGAAACUGCACAGGAAGACGGAAGCAAUGUUCCACAAGGAAGAGUCUGUUCGAGGUUUUCUUAAAUCUGGAACCGAUGACACAUCGCAGCUUGAAGGUCUUAUCCAAGAAGAAUGGCAACUGCUUGUCAGAGAUAUUUAUGCUUUUUACCCGUUGCUUAUCAAAUAUGUUGACUACCAAAGAAAUAAUUGGCUCAAGAACAACACAAUCGAAGCCGAACAUUUGUACAACCAUGUUGCCGAAAUUUUUAAUCUGUGGUCAAAAUCUCAGUACUUCCGAAGAGAGGAAACCAACUUUAUUUCUGCAAACGAUAUUGAUAACAUGACUCUCAUCAUGCCAUCCUCCACUCGACGAAACGUAGUUACCGAUAUGUCCAACGUACAAACUGGUGGUAAGAUCAAGAAGAAAAAGAAGCAACGGGACAAAAAGAAGGACAAGGACAAAGAACUUGCCUCUUCCCUGAUGGUUGCUUGUCUAAAGAGACUACUGCCUGUGGGGUUGAAUCUAUUUGCUGGUCGAGAACAAGAGCUUGUUCAGCACUGUAAAGAUAGAUUCCUAAAGAAACUCUUGGAACCCGAAAUCUUGGAUUUUGCAAGGACCCAACUGACCCUACCUGACGCCCUCGACCCCUCUGACGCAAUGUCUUGGCAGCACCAUUUGUAUUCUAAACUAGGAACGAAAAAACUACCCACGGAUGAAAACGAUCUGAGCAACAAGGGAGCUCAAAUUAAAGACAAGCAACAACAGUUGGACGAAUUGGUAGAUCGCAUCGUUGCAAUGGCAAAAGUCCUGUUCGGACUGCACAUGAUUGACCACCCCCAGCAGUCCUUGAAGGAUGUUUAUCGAUCCGUAGUCACGGUCGGUCGGAAAAAGGCUGUUAUUGCCUGUUUCCGUCAAACUGCAAUACAUUUCCUACCCAGACAUCGUGCUAUCAAUCUAUUUCUGCGAACGUACCGAGAAAUGUGGCUGUCGGAUGAAAAUGCUGGGCAGGAGAUAAUGAUAGAACACCUUACUCAAACAUUCGAAGAGGCCGAGUUAAAAAAGACUGAGGGCGAAGAAGAGGAAGGAAAACCUAACCCCCUUACGCAACUUGUAACGACUUUUACGAGAGGGGCCAUGAGCGAAAGGAGUGGAGCUUUGGAGGACGAUGAUCUCUACAUGUCUUAUGCGGAGGUCAUGGCAAAAUCUUGUGGGGAGGAGGAGGAGGAGGGUGAAGAAGAGGAAGGUGGUGAUGGCGAAGAGAGUGGUCCUUCGAUCCAUCAUCGUGAAGGGACAAUGGAAAAACUAAUGGAGCAAGAAAUGGAGAAGCAAAAGUUGUUGUUCCAUCAAGCACGACUGGCAAGUCGAGGCGUCGCAGAAAUGGUCUUGCUUCAUAUUUCCGCAUGCAAAGGCGUUCAAUCCGACAUGGUUAUGAAGACGUUGGAGCUGGGCAUAUCCAUUCUCAGGGGCGGAAAUGUAGAUGUUCAAAUGCAAAUGCUCAACCAUUUGAAAGAGAAGAAGGAAGUCGGAUUCUUCACUUCCAUCGCUGGACUUAUGAACUCUUGCAGCGUUCUCGAUCUGGAUGCUUUUGAACGAAAUACAAAAGCGGAAGGCCUUGGGGUUGGGUCUGAAGGGGCGGCAGGGGAAAAGAACAUGCAUGAUGCGGAGUUCACUUGUGCAUUAUUCCGAUUUAUCCAACUUACUUGUGAAGGCCACAAUCUCGACUGGCAAAAUUACCUCCGCACACAGGCAGGGAAUACUACCACGGUCAACGUUGUUAUUUGCACUGUCGACUAUUUGCUCAGGCUGCAAGAGUCAAUCAUGGACUUUUACUGGCAUUAUUCCAGCAAAGAGAUAAUUGACCCAGCGGGGAAGGUCAACUUCUUCAAAGCCAUUGGUGUCGCUUCUCAAGUUUUUAACACGCUCACUGAAGUGAUUCAAGGCCCAUGUACUCAGAAUCAACAGGCUCUAGCACAUUCCCGACUGUGGGACGCCAUCGGAGGUUUCCUUUUCCUUUUUGCAAAUAUGCAAGCCAAACUUUCUAAAAAUGCCAGUCAAGUUGAUCUCCUCAAAGAACUGCUGAAUCUCCAAAAGGACAUGGUGAUCAUGAUGCUAUCCAUGCUCGAAGGAAAUGUCGUAAAUGGUACUAUCGGGAAACAAAUGGUGGACACGCUUGUAGAGUCUGCAUCAAAUGUUGAGAUUAUUCUUAGGUAUUUUAACACAUUUCUAAAACUACAAAACUUGACGUCAUCUUUCACUUUCUCGGAAAUGGAUAUCAACAAGGAUGGAUGGAUUACCCCACGAGAAUUCAGAGAAAAAAUGGAACAGGGCAAAAAUUACACGACAGAGGAAAUCAACUUUCUGCUCAUGUGUUGUGAUACGAAUCAUGAUGGAAAAAUUGACUACAUCGAAUUCACAGAACGAUUCCACAAUCCAGCCAAAGAAAUUGGUUUCAACUUGGCCGUCCUUCUCACCAAUCUGUCUGAGCAUAUGCCUAAUGAGCCGAGAUUGGCUCGAUUCCUGGAGACUGCAGGAAGUGUUCUGAAUUAUUUUGACGCUUUCCUCGGGCGGAUUGAGAUCAUGGGGAGCUCCCAUCGAAUAGAACGUGUUUACUUUGAGAUUUUAGAAGACAACAUUGAACAAUGGGAAAAACCUCAAAUUAAGGAAUCCAAACGUGCCUUCUUCUAUUCCAUUGUGACUGAAGGCGGUGAUAAGGAAAAGUUGGAAUCCUUCGUCAACUUUUGUGAAGAUGCAAUUUUUGAAAUGCAACAUGCCACGGCUCUCAUGUCCACUGAAGAGGAAGGACAUGGUGGGAAAGCAAGGGCACCAGCGUUUGUGCUCCCAGCGGACGAGGAUGAGGAAAAAAAAUUAACAUGGACAGAAAGAGGCACCCUCGUAAAGCAAGCUUACACAGGUCUAAAAAACUGCGUCAAAGCUUUCUUCUCAACCAUCAGCCCCAACAACAUAAAAAGGAAAGUUCGAGAGGUUCAGCAAAUGACUCCUGUCGAAAUGGUUCUUGGCUUCUUCAAAUUCAUAUUUUACAUCUUUUACGCAACUGGAGGCAGUUUUGAAAGUGUUUUCAAAUAUCUCUUCAAAGCGCUGAUCAAUUUGAUGCGAGGUCCACCACCAGAAAAGAAAGAGGAAGAGAAACCGCCGGAUGAUUUUUCUGCGCCACUAAAAACUCCAGCACUUCCAGCCUCCGCAGGUCCAGACGAAGACGGGAUGGGCGGAAUGUUGGCAAUCUUGGGAACUGAUGCGGAAGAGACGAAGGGAGGCGAAGGGAAAGAGGGUGGCGCUUCUGGUGGUGGGGGUGAAUUAAUUCCAUUAGAUUCGAGUGGGGAUGAAAGUAAGGCGUUGGUGGUUGCCAGAGGAAUGUCACAGGGGCCGAAUGAUCACCCAAUCACACCGGAAGCCCCAUCAACCCCGUCUUCUCCUCUCGAUGUCGUGGAGACCCACGAAGAAACUUCCGUCGUGUCGCAGGAGAAUUCUAUUCCUCCCCCUCCAGAACGACCUUAUCGAACCCCGAUGUAUUACAAGAAAAAGCGUACCCCAAAGAAAUUUGGGUUCUUUAACGUUAUUGACUUUUCUGGUUACAUCAACGGAAUCGUUUCGUUUCUCGCGAGGAACUUUUACACCAUGAAGUACAUUGCGUUGAUUCUUGCCUUCUUAAUCAACUUUACUCUUCUCUUUUAUAAGGCCACAGCAAUAGCCGACGAUAUGGACGAUGACGGCGAUGGUGACGACGGGUCUGGUUUGGAGGGGAGUGCAGAUUUAGCGGACAUAAUUUCUGGCAGCGGUGAUAACGCUACAUCCGAGGAAGCGGAGGACGAGGAAGAGGAAGACGAUAUACCAGAAUUGGUGCAUAUGGAUGAAAAAUAUAACAAUUAUUAUCUUCCACACAUCCUCCGAUUGAUGUCUGUCGUUCACUCCAUUGUUUCCCUUGCUAUGCUAUUUGCAUAUUACCAUCUCAAAGUGCCUUUGGCCAUUUUCAAACGAGAAAAAGAAAUUGCGAGACGACUGGAAUUUGAUGGCUUGUACAUUGCAGAUUCCGAAGAAGAAAAUGACAUGAGGGCCAAUUGGGAUAAAUUGGUUAUUUCAGCAAAAUCUUUCCCAGUAAAUUAUUGGGAUAAGUUUGUGAAGAAGAAGGUGCGACAAAAAUAUAGCGAGACGUACGACUUUGAUUCAAUCAGUAUAUUGCUGGGAAUGGAGAAAACCUCUUUCACAGUGGAGGAUAGCAACGACGGCGGUUUAAUGGCUUACCUUCAAGGGGUCGACUGGCGUUAUCAGUUGUGGAAAGCUGGCGUGACAAUCACAGAUAAUGCCUUCCUGUACAGCUUGUGGUACUUUUGUUUCUCUAUUCUUGGAAAUUUUAAUUUCUUCUUCUUUGCGGCUCAUUUACUUGAUAUCGCCGUGGCGGUUCCUGCUUUGAAAACAAUCUUGCAGUCUGUCACUCACAAUGGAAAGCAGUUAAUUUUGACUGUAAUGCUGCUCACGAUCAUUGUAUACAUUUAUACUGUUGUGGCAUUUAAUUUCUUCCGAAAAUUCUACGUCACUGAAGAAGACGAUGAAGUUGACAGGAAAUGUCAUGACAUGGCCACCUGUUUCGUAUUUCACUUGUAUCAAGGAGUGCGAUCUGGUGGUGGCAUUGGUGAUGUUAUUGAGCCCCCGGAUGGUGACAGCUAUGAAGUGUACCGAAUCAUAUUUGACAUCACUUUCUUCUUCUUUGUCAUCGUUAUCUUGCUCGCUAUUAUUCAGGGUUUGAUUAUUGAUGCUUUUGGCGAGCUCAGAGAUCAGUUGAACAGUGUCUCGGAAACCCUAGAGUCAGAGUGCUUCAUCUGCGGUAUAGGCAAGGACUACUUCGACGUUGUGCCUCAUGGUUUCGACACUCACGUUUUGAAGGAACACAACUUGGCAAACUACAUGUUUUUCUUGAUGCACUUGAUCAAUAAACCUGAUACAGAGUAUACUGGACAAGAAACUUAUGUAUGGAACCAGUACCAACAAAGGUCAUGGGACUUUUUCCCAGUCGGUGACUGCUUCCGUAAGCAGUAUGAGGCCGAGUUAACAGGAAAAAGUAGCGAGUAACCUAAAACUACAAGGAUGAUCCCAGUGAUCCGACAAUACAACUCCUCUUCAACGAAUUAACGAAUCUUAGGACGAGUUGAAUUGCUGAAGCUCUAUAAAUACAAAUGUGGCUUCGAACCGUUAAAUUUCCUUAUUAAUUGUGUGUGCUUUAUACCUGAACCUUUAACUUUUUGGAACGUUGUGAUAAAAGGUACUACAAAACUUGUAAUUGAAUAACUGCCCAGACAGCAAUAAUAAAUGUCGCAAAUGUUCGGUCUAAAGUACAGACGUACGUAUUAUGUUACUUGCUAGAGUUCUAAGUAUAAAUUACCUUGUAUCAAUUAGGCAUAUCUGUACAUAUGUACAUUGUGUGUGUUCUAAAAUAGUUACAUAUUUGUGUGGGUGAGGUAGAAUAUUUAGUGGGUGUGCAAUUUGUUUCCGGAUAGAAUAGAAAUAAAAUUAAUAUGAGCAAGCAAA